AUGCUGGAGACCGGGUACGACAUUUUAUUCUUUUGGGUUUGCAGGAUGGUUAUGAUGGGCAUAACGCUUACGGGGAAGACGCCCUUCAAGGAGAUAUACCUUCAUGGCUUGGUUAGGGACGAGAAGGGGAAGAAGAUGAGCAAGACCACGGGGAACGUCGUGGAUCCGUUGGUGUCGAUCGAGGAGUUGGGCACAGAUGCCCUUCGGUACGCCCUCCUGACGAGCAGCCAGCCUGGCAUGGACACGCCGCUGAGCCAGGGCGUUAUGGACAACGCGAAGAGCUUCGCCAACAAAAUCUGGACGGAACGUCGGCCGCUUCAUCAUCAUCGAGUACGAGAAGAAUCAGGCCUCGCUGGGCGCCGAGCUGUCCACGGGCACGAGCUUCACGGAGGAGGAGAGUUCCGCGCCAUGCCGUGGAUCGAGCGGGCGCUGCUCUCGAGGUGCUACAGGAGAUGGUUGAGAGCGUCACCCAAGCGCUGUUGCAGAACCGCUUCGCUCCGCCCACGAAAGAGCUGA